AUGGAGUAUCGCGUCAUACCCUCUUCUGUAAGCCACAUAAUAUGGGGAAUUUGGAGUGAGAGUUCAAACUUUACCAUCCCUUGGAUGGUCGUGAAUGAAGUCGGAAACCUCUUCAUUACAGUUAACCAUUCGGUCAACAUCAUCCCCUACUACCUAUUCAGCAAGCGAUUCCGCACCCUCUUUGUGGUGAUCUACUUUGGUUGGAUUAAGCGUUGUUACAAUAUUCAGAAGAAAGUCACUCCUCUUAGCCGACAAAUCCUUCCGACUUCAUCUCCAAAUGCAAGACCACGAAUGCUCUCCAGAACUAAUUUUCAACCUAUCAUCCCACUAGCACCCAUACACACUUCCCCAAUUCCUCGAACGCCCUUAACAGAUAAGAAUGGCUCCUGCUCUUUCAUUCUAGUCAAACUUUGA